CGGCCUUCCUGCAGUCUCUUCCGCUCGCUGGCUGCGGAGCCUGGGACGGUUGCUGUGGGUCUGGGCUCUGGGAAGUCGUCCAAGAUGAUUAAAAAAUUCGACAAGAAGGACGAGGAGUCUGGUAGUGGCUCCAACCCAUUCCAACAUCUGGAGAAGAGUGCUGUUUUACAGGAGGCGCGUAUAUUUAAUGAAACUCCUAUCAACCCAAGAAGAUGUUUGCAUAUUCUUACCAAGAUUCUUUACUUAUUGAACCAGGGUGAACAUUUUGGAACUACUGAAGCCACAGAGGCCUUCUUUGCGAUGACUCGAUUGUUUCAGUCUAAUGAUCAAACAUUGAGAAGAAUGUGUUACCUCACCAUCAAGGAAAUGGCAACCAUCUCUGAAGAUGUGAUCAUUGUCACAAGCAGUCUCACUAAGGACAUGACGGGGAAGGAAGAUGUGUACCGUGGCCCGGCCAUCAGGGCUCUCUGCAGAAUCACUGAUGGAACAAUGUUGCAGGCCAUUGAAAGAUACAUGAAGCAGGCCAUUGUGGAUAAAGUCUCCAGUGUCUCCAGCUCAGCCCUGGUGUCAUCCUUGCACAUGAUGAAGAUAAGCUAUGAUGUGGUUAAGCGCUGGAUCAAUGAAGCCCAAGAAGCUGCUUCGAGUGAUAAUAUCAUGGUCCAGUAUCAUGCACUGGGGGUCCUGUAUCACCUUAGAAGGAAUGACCGUCUUGCGGUUUCUAAGAUGUUGAAUAAGUUUACCAAAUCGGGACUCAAGUCGCAGUUUGCUUACUGCAUGCUGAUCCGAAUCGCCAGCCGGUUACUGAAAGAAAAUGAGGAGGGCCAUGAAAGUCCACUCUUUGAUUUUAUUGAGAGCUGCUUGCGAAAUAAACACGAGAUGGUUAUUUAUGAAGCUGCUUCUGCCAUCAUCCAUCUUCCUAACUGCACUGCGAGGGAGCUGGCACCCGCCGUCUCAGUUCUUCAGCUUUUCUGUAGCUCUCCUAAGCCAGCCUUGAGAUACGCAGCUGUGAGGACCUUGAACAAAGUGGCAAUGAAGCAUCCCUCUGCUGUUACUGCCUGCAAUCUGGACCUAGAGAACUUGAUCACAGACUCCAACCGAAGCAUUGCUACCCUGGCCAUUACGACACUCCUCAAAACAGGAAGUGAGAGCAGUGUGGACAGACUCAUGAAGCAGAUCUCUUCUUUCGUAUCUGAAAUCUCAGAUGAGUUCAAAGUGGUGGUUGUACAGGCAAUCAGCGCCCUCUGUCAGAAGUACCCUCGCAAGCAUGGCGUCAUGAUGGCUUUCCUCUCGAACAUGCUCCGGGAUGACGGAGGAUUUGAGUACAAGCGGGCCAUUGUGGAUUGCAUCAUCAGCAUUGUGGAGGAGAACCCCGACAGUAAAGAAUCAGGGCUAGCCCACCUUUGUGAAUUCAUUGAAGACUGUGAACACACUGUUCUGGCUACUAAGAUUCUCCACUUGUUGGGCAAAGAGGGCCCCAGGACGCCUGUCCCCUCCAAGUAUAUCCGCUUUAUUUUUAAUAGGGUCGUCUUGGAAAAUGAGGCUGUCAGAGCUGCUGCUGUGAGUGCUUUGGCUAAAUUUGGGGCUCAGAAUGAGAAUCUUCUUCCAAGCAUCCUCGUACUCUUACAAAGGUGUAUGAUGGAUACAGAUGAUGAAGUACGGGACAGAGCUACCUUCUACCUGAAUGUGCUGCAGCAGAGACAGAUGGCAUUGAAUGCUACAUACAUCUUCAAUGGUCUGACAGUCUCAGUACCAGGGAUGGAGAAAGCUCUACACCAGUACACGCUGGAGCCUUCUGAAAAACCCUUUGACAUGAAAUCUAUUCCUCUUGCUAUGACGCCUGUCUUUGAACAGAAAGCAGAAAUCACACUUGUGGCUAAUAAGCCAGAAAAGUUGGCUCCUUCCAGGCAAGACAUUUUCCAAGAACAAUUGGCUGCCAUUCCUGAGUUUAUGAACCUAGGACCCUUGUUCAAGUCUUCUGAGCCUAUUCAGCUGACAGAAGCAGAGACAGAAUAUUUUGUUCGUUGUAUCAAACACAUGUUUACCAAUCAUAUUGUGUUCCAGUUUGACUGUACCAAUACUCUCAAUGACCAACUACUGGAGAAAGUGACAGUACAAAUGGAGCCGUCCGAUUCCUACGGAGUGAUGUGCUAUGUCCCAGCCCCCAGCCUCAUGUACAAUCAACCAGGAAUAUGUUACACUCUUGUUCAUUUGCCUGAUGAUGACCCCACAGCAGUUGCAUGCACCUUCAGCUGCACCAUGAAAUUUACAGUCCGGGACUGCGACCCCAACACUGGGGUUCCAGAUGAAGAUGGCUAUGAUGAUGAAUAUGUGCUGGAAGAUCUUGAGGUGACGAUGUGUGACCACAUUCAGAAGGUUCUGAAGCCUAACUUCGCUGCUGCCUGGGAGGAGGUGGGCGAUACCUUUGAGAAAGAGGAGACUUUUGCCCUCAGCUCUACCAAAACCCUCGAAGAAGCUGUCACUAACAUCAUCACGUUUCUGGGCAUGCAGCCAUGUGAGAGGUCAGACAAAGUCCCCGAGAACAAGAUUUCCCAUUCCCUCUAUCUGUCAGGUGUGUUCAGAGGUGGCUGUGACUUAUUGGUGAGGUCCAGGCUGGCCUUAGCUGAUGGAGUGACCAUGCAGGUGACUGUUAGAAGCAAAGAGGAAACACCUGUAGAUGUCAUCUUGGCUUCUGUUGGCUAGGUUUCUACUGGGCAAGAUGAAGUUGCUGCACCACACUGUCAGUGGGCUUGGGCUAGGGGUGUGAAAUUCCCAGAAUCACCCUUUGAAAGAGCAAUGCUUUUGGAGAAGCAAAUUGUUUGGCCCUAAGCCAGCAGAUCAGCAAAUGUCUGUCCUUGUGCACGGUUGUUUUUUUGCUGUGUUGUUUUCUUCCCCUUUUGAUUAUACUUGGCCAACUUUGGUAUGAUAGUACAGCUUUGGGUGGUCUUGAAAAUUAAAAUGCUACUCUGUACCCCAGCUGCUUAACUUCAGUCUACUCUAUUAUUUUCUUUAAAUGUGUGUCUGAAAGCUCCUGGCAAUGUUAGAAAAUUUUUAUGCAAGAGGGGUGGAGUGGGAGGGGAAGCCAGAGUCCACUUUUGUCAAAAUUCAUUUUUAUUAAUAGAAAAUAAACACUUAUUCCACUUUCA